UUGCCUCAGUCCUUCAAACCGUACACUGUUCCGCAUUCGCAUCAGACCACACCGGUUUGUUCAAUUCCCGGCCUGAUACACCCAGGUUUUGGACCUGCCCAUGCGUCCGGGUAUCCGUUUGAUCUGUCUACUCCUUGCACGCCACGGUUUCAUCCGCUCAUUUCCCCGUAUGCACCCACAGCUGGAAGUUACUUGCCACCACCUGUACAAGGCAACGGGAACGCGGCCGCGUUCCAUUUACCAUACGGCGCCCCAUGGCCUAUGGGGUCUGCCCCACAGGGCUAUCCGCGUCAAACAUUAUCAGCCCCAGAUCGUAUGAUUCAUCACUACGCUGCCCCAGUUCCCCCCCCACCCGGGAUCGAGGAACACUCCGUUGUUCCACGUUCAGGUCUCAGUCCACUGCGGUAUCGGGGCCCCCCAGAUCUGUUAGUUGAUCACGCAGCUCAUGGUAGUCCGAUCAUCGGCCCAGGGACACAGUCCGGUGUAGACAUCCGAUACGAUCCAGGAAUGAUGCAUCCACGCGGAAUAGUUCCAUCUCCGUAUGCCCAUCUGACCGGUUCCCUACAAGGUGCCACAUCACCACCCCAUGUUCCGAUACGUGAGAUACCACAUGGCACUGGCUCCCAAAGUCUCCCGUUACUUCGACCCGACAGGACGAGUUCCCUGACAGGUCGUUCAGAGACACAUCCACUGUUAUCAGACACUUCGCUGCUCCCUACUGAUACACACAAAACAAGUCUUAACGGCGAUCCCCUCCUGAAAUCCCCGAUUUCUCUAGCCAAGCGCCGUGACCCGGCCGAUUCGGACGCGUUUGAUAGCGAGGACGAGGUUAUGUCUGACCAAGAUGAAGCGAUGACCGAUGUAGCUCUUUCAAACUAUCCGACUGCUAACUAUGUGCCUUUUCAAUCGGCAGCAUCAAAUCCCGGCCCUGAAGUUGAUGUCGGAUACUUUCUACGUCCUCCGUAUCACUCCCUAGCCUCAGACCCUUCUCUGGGUUAUAUCUGCUCCGAUCCCUCUAUGCAACUCAUGCCUCCCUGUCGGUUGACAUAUUCUCCCGGUCCACCAGCCGAUGAUGGAGAUAUGUCCAGUGUGAGUCAAAGUGCCAGUCAGGUUCCUCCUCGACCUUCAUCCAGUUCUGAAUCUGAAUCUGCCGGUCCCACAGGAUUACCGUCACUUACAAAUGGCCCAGUGUUGCCUGCCGAGCGUAACUCUGCAUCCCAACCUAACCCCGCAACGGAGGAUUGUACAUCCAACGAUCAGCCCACUGUAUAG